UUUGUCCUGGAGAAAAGUGUUAUUCAGCAAUAGUUAUGAACUCCCGGUUACGAGCAUUAGGUGGGAGGAUAAAUAAUAUACGAGCAUCAGAACUACCAAAAGAGAAAACCCGAUCAGAGAUCAUCUGUAAUGUCCACUUUUUGGAUGGCUCAGUACAAAGCUUCAAAGUGAAUAAACAAGAUACUGGUCAGGUUUUGUUGGAUAUGGCCUAUAACCACUUGGGUGUGACAGAGAGAGAAUAUUUUGGUUUACAACAAAGUGAAGAGUCAGUAGAUUCCCCUCGAUGGCUCGAAUCAAGCAAACCUGUUAGAAAACAGCUUAAAGGAGGUUUUCCCUGCACUAUCCAUUUUCGAGUAAGAUUUUUUAUACCUGAUCCCAACACACUGCAGCAGGAACAAACCAGGCAUUUAUUCUUCUUGCAACUGAAGACAGAUAUUUUGGAAGGAAGGUUGUUAUGCCCUCUUAAUUCCGCUGUUGUCCUCGCAUCUUAUUCCGUACAGUCUCAGUUUGGAGACCAUAACUCUUCAGUACAUCAUUCAGGAUAUCUCUCAAAUCAUCGUUUCAUACCAGAUCAGAACGAAGAUUUUGUAGCCAAAGUAGAGUCACUACAUGAACAGCACAGUGGUCUCAAGCAAUCUGAAGCAGAGUCCUGUUAUAUAAACAUAGCACGAACCCUUGAAUUCUAUGGAGUAGAAUUACACAGUGGUAGAGAUGUACAUAAUCUAGAUUUGAUGAUUGGAAUUGCUUCAGGAGGUAUUGCUGUGUACAGAAAAUUUAUUUGCACAAGUUUCUAUCCCUGGAUGAACAUAUUAAAAAUUUCCUUUAAAAGGAAAAAAUUUUUUAUACAGCAACGGCAAAAACAUAAUGAAUCCAGAGAACAUAUAGUUGCCUUCAACAUGCUAAAUUACAGAGCAUGCAAAAAUCUAUGGAAAUCUUGUGUAGAGCAUCACACGUUUUUUCAGACAAAGUCGUCACUACCUCAUGAAAGAAAGAUAUUGUCCCAUUAUUGGACCUUUGGUUCUAGAAACCCAACAAAGUCUGUAAACAGCCACUGCUGCAGAAAAGUCAUAGGUGGGAUGGUUUGGAACCCAACUUUGAGGAGAUCUUUAUCGGUUGAACAUCUAGAGACCAAAAGCCUGCCUUCUCGAUCUCCUCCUGUUACCCCUACUUGGAGGAGUCCUAGACUACGUCAUGAGAUUCGCAAACCACGACACUCAUCUGUAGACAACCUUACAAAUGAGAUUGCCUAUAUUACAGAAACAGAGGAUGUUUUUUAUACGUAUAAGGGUUCUCCAACAUCAAAGGACAGUGAUUCAGAGUUCUCCCAGAACCGCAGUCCACGGAGGAGGAAUGUAUUGGAAAAUAGUCCAACACAGAACUGUCUGACUCAUACCUCACCUAUUGCCUUGUCCCAGCCUCCCAAUGGAGUUGGUAACUUUUCAGGCUCUUAUCCAUUGGAUGGGGUGGACAAACAGUUUUUAGAAACAUAUGACAACGUCACAAAAGGGAGCGUAACAGAAGAUUCCAGUCAGUACUACUGUGAUAAGAAUGAAGUAAUUGAUGGAGAUUUGCUUUUGGUGCGAAUCACUCCAGAUGAAGAUGGGAAAUUUGGAUUUAAUCUGAAGGGUGGUGUUGAUCAAAAAAUGCCUCUGGUGGUGUCAAGAAUAACUCCAGGAUCAUCUGCUGAUACAUGUAUUCCAAAACUGAAUGAAGGUGAUCAGAUAGUGUUAAUCAAUGGUCGAGACAUCUCAGAGCAUACUCAUGACCAAGUGGUAAUGUUUAUAAAAGCCAGCAGAGAAUUGCACACAAGAGAGCUUGCACUUCUGGUCAGGCGGAAAGUUGCCAAACCCUUGGUUGAGGCCAAGUCAGAAGAUGAAGCAGAUUCCCAGAAUUUUCUAGAAUCUAUUCUUCGCACGUAUUCAGAAUACAGUGACACAUUAGAGGGGUCUAUGGAACAACUGAAGAAAGGGCUGGAAAGUGGGACAGUACUCAUUCAAUUUGAGCAACUUUAUAGAAAGAAGCCAGGGCUGGCUGUCACGUGUGCAAAAAUACCUCAAAAUAUGGACAAAAAUCGAUACAAAGAUGUUCUACCUUAUGAUUCCACACGGAUAAUAUUGCAGGGAAACGAAGAUUACAUUAAUGCAAAUUAUGUGAAUAUGGAAAUUCCUUCUGCUGGCAUUGUGAACAGAUAUAUCGCCACUCAAGGGCCUCUUCCACAUACCUGCGCACAUUUCUGGCAGGUAGUCUGGGAUCAUCGGUUAUCGCUGAUCAUCAUGUUGACAACCCUCACCGAACGAGGACGGACCAAAUGUCAUCAGUAUUGGCCUGAUCCACCAGAUAUAAUGGAGUAUGGCAACUUUCGUGUCAAGUGUCAAUCUGAAGAUUGUACUAUUGCCUAUGUUUUUAGAGAAAUGGUGAUUACAAAUAUUGAGACAGAGGAAGAGCACACCAUCACCCAUCUCCAGUACGUUGCUUGGCCUGAUCAUGGUGUUCCUGAUGACUCCAGGGACUUUUUGGAGUUUGUCACCUGUAUGAGGCCAAAGAGAGUGGAGAAUGAACCGGUCCUUGUUCAUUGCAGUGCUGGAAUAGGCCGCACUGGUGUAUUGGUCACUAUGGAAACAGCCAUGUGCUUAAUUGAAAGAAACCAACCUGUUUAUCCACUGGAUAUUGUACGGAAAAUGCGAGACCAGCGAGCUAUGAUGGUGCAAACAUCAAGUCAGUACAAGUUCGUGUGUGAAGCUAUUCUUCGUGUUUACAAAGAAGGAUUAGUUCGACCACUGGAUUCCAGUUAGUACAGCUGUGAAAGGAUUAAUUUCAUCUUCUAAAAACACUGGUUGUCAUAAAGCCAGGGUCUCAUUUCUGUAGGUGACUAGAGAACUCAUCAAAAUCCCAUGGGAAGUCAGAUGAGCACAUUUGAGCUGUGGCACUUUAAAUUUCCAUAGACGAUUACUAAAUCUUGUACAGUAUAUAGAAGAAAUUUAUAUAUGUAUAUGAGAGCAGUUGUGCAUAAUAUGCAUUAUAUACAUAUUGAAAAGAAAUAAUCAAGGAAACUUUAGUACAUAACCUGCAUCUUUUACUGCUGCAAAAACAAGUUUUCCUCUAGAAUUUACUUUAACCCUGGUGUUUACCAUUCUAAAAUACAAAAGGAAAAUCAGCAGUAUUAAUAAAAAAAAAGUGGCCCAGUUAAUGAGGUAUUGAGUGUCUUCAUCUCCUAUUGAAGUCCAUGGGAGUUGAAUGCUAAACACCUUGCAAGAUUGGGACCAAAAUAUUGAUAUACAAAGUAGAGUUGGUCAUAUUAUUUGGUUCCUGGAGGUUUGUCAAACAGUUUACAUAAAUAGAAUGCCAAGGGCUAAACCCUAAACAUGUCCAUUAAGAGCCGGAGCAAUUAAAGAAUUAACUCCCAUCAACCUGAUUGCAAAUAUGCCAGUUAUACUAAUUUAUAUUAAAAAAUCAAACAUAGCAUACCUGACACGCAAACUAAUGCUGCUUUGCAGGUUUUACUGAGAUCUUCCACAGCUUGAAUUUUCCAUUUUCUUGACCUUUCAGUAGUUUACCUAUUUCCCGUAGUCUCUUCUGCUCUACUCCUUUGCACCCUAAUAUGGUACUUACUUAAUUUCACUAUGUUUUCUUGUGGUUUUUCUCUUUAUAGACUGAAAACAUUUAAACUAAAGGUUUAAGUCUCAUUUAUCUUUGUUUCCCAGUGUAUUUAUUAGUUCUCACAUGCAGGAGUGGACUAAUAUUGCACACCAACUGCUAAAUGGCUUACUAUAAAUGCAAACUGGCCCAAUCCAGUGUCAGAAAAAAUGUACUACUGAACCUAUUAAACAUGUUGCUGCUAAUUCAAGGUGUAAAACUUGCAAGGACACAGAGGCUACUAGUGUUCAGAUGAUAAAACAUUGACUUCAUUGCCAUUCAAUAGAAAUCUUAUUCUAAUUCAGUGGAAUGCAGUAGUGUGAGGUGCCUCUUUCAUGUUUCUUUCCUUUGUAUAAAUGAAAUUAAGUUCAUAUGAAGACUUCUACAUAAAGAGAGAGAAUUUGUGCAUUGCUAAAUAAUUCACCCUAAGGUACAAUGGUCUCAGUUUCAUUUCAAAGGGGAGAAUUGGACUUUCUGAACAAUAUAACCACAAUUGUAUGACAUUAAUUUAUUCUGAAUACACUUUUUGAUUGUCCUAGAUAAUUCUGCAUUUGUGAAUAGUGUGUUAAUUUUUUUAAAAAUGUUCUAUGAGAUUGUAUAUAAUUCUGUUAUUUAAACAUUCGUUCUAAAUAAGGGAAGUUGUCUAAAAUUUAUAUUGGGCAUAUAAGCCAGAUGUUUAUAUGUGUGUAAAAAAAAAUCUAAUUUUCUCCUAAUAUACAUAAAUAUAUAUAUAUAUAUACAUACACACACACACACACACACACACACACAUGCAUUUUAGAACUAUAAUUUGUAUUAUGAAUGCUAUCAUUUGUAUUUGACAACAGAUUAUUUUAUAGAAACUACUACACCUGGAUAUGCCGCAAUCUUUGAUGACAUCCAAGAGACUUUUUUUUUCAGAAGAUGGUUUGAAAGCAGGUGUAGUUCAUUCUAGAUCACUCACCCUUCUGUUGUGCAGAUUGGUCCCUUCUUGGAGAUUACAUCAUUAGUCGUAGUUGCUGGGGGAGAGGUUUUUGGUACUUUUCUUUAGUCAAGACGUUCAUGCUAGUCAGAACAAAUGGGGUUAUAUGGCAGCCUAACUAAUGUGUAUUGGUUGAAGAGUGAGUAGUUUUUGAUAUUCUUUCAAAUAUGCUAUUCAAAUUUAGCUUGAAUUGGUGCUUGUCAUAUAUUGAACCACUAUUAUCUGGUGGAUUAGGCAUGGACUAGAAUUAAAAAGAGUAGUUCUAGCCCAGAUUCUGAUACUAUUUUGCUUUGACUGUGGCAAGUCAUUUAACCCCUCUGUGCCUCAGUUAUCCCAUAUAUAAAAUGGGACUGCUCGUGCUUAUUACCUUUGUAAAGCACUUUGGAAAAAACACAUGAAAAAGUGCUAUAUGUGUGCAAAUUAUCUAUUAUUAUUAUUAUCCUUAUAAUACAAAACUUUUAGGUGUUAAAAAUUGUUGCUGCUGCUAUACUGGAAAUUUGGUCAACUGCAGAAGGCUCAAAGCACUAACGGAGCCAUAUCUCCCAUCUGAUUCACUGUCAGGAGGUUUCCUUUUAUGUCUUUAGUCCCCUUUGCAUCCGAUCAGCACUUUCAGAAGUAGCACUGCCUCCUCCCCCAGCCCCAGCCUCCAGGUCCUUGAGAAGAAGUGCUGCUUACAAUUCCUCUUACUGGCAAUUGAUAGUGUGACUGGAGCCAAAACAGAAGUGGAGAAAAGAGUAUAAGAGAACAGCAUGAGAACUUUUAGAGACUCCCUUGUGGUAUACAUUUGAUUCCUUAAACUAUUUCAUUAUUUUUAACUUACUUGUGUUCCAGGAGGUUAAUGUGGUUUUGCCACUAGUCAUGCUCCUCUUUAUUGUGUCAACCAUAUAACGUACUUACCAAAAUGCAAUAAGUUUCUUCCAGUACUUAACUCCAGUAUCUUCCAGCAGUUCUGUACAGCUUUGCCUUAUACGUUAAUGUCCAUGUAAUGUUAAGAAUGUAAUCAGAUUUUACUAUAUGAAGCUUUUCCUUUUUGAGAUGGAUAUAUCUAGAGAAAAGAAUGGAUUUUUAUUUUGAAUUUCUUCAAUUAAUACUUGGAUUCUCAGAGAACAUAUAAGGCACUGAUACCUGCUGUAGCAUUAACUUGAAAUAGCUGUUUAAAAAGACAAUUUGAUAAUAUCUGUAAUUAGUCUAUACUUUUUAAGAUCAAAAGAGUAAAUCUUAAUUUGAAAAUUUACCAGUACUUUGUCUACUACUAUUUCACAGUCUUGCUGGGUUUUGCACAUGUACAGUGAGCCUUUUUUUUUCCUUUUCUUUUUUCUUUUUUUUUUAGUGCCCGACAUGGACCUUUGGGGAAUGAAUGCCUUCCUUUUAUCGAAUAAUGUGUGGUGAUUUUGCACGGGGUUAUAAAACCUUAAAAUUUGAUCUUGCAACAGAAGCAUAAUAAAUGAAAAGUCUUUUCAACUCUGAUGUUUUUGUCACAACUGAAUAAAUUUAAGCAAGAUGUGUGGGUAAUUAUAUAUGCAUAUAAUAGUUACUUGAUUAUUAGUAUGAGUUAGGCUCUUAACCCCUAAAAUACUUACUUGCCAGGGUGGAGUAGACAAGUAAAAGGAGAUGCUAUGAAGUCAAGAGUCCAUAUAAACCAACAGAAGCAUGCUUACCUCAUUUUUUCUUGUUAGUAUGCAGUCUAUUAAUUAAAACAGUAUAGUACUCAAAAUUCAUAGCUUGGGAAAAAUAGGCUUUAUGUAUUCUUGUCCACUGGAAAAAGUACUAAUAUUUAUUCUUCUGAAGUAAGAAAGGUAAACUUUAAACCAAAGUAGCUUUAUAUUUGCUACUCGAGUAAACCAAAAUGCCUGUUACAAGUGUCUCCGGAAUUUUGUCAAAGGAGCACUACAGAGCCCUGCAUGUGAUGUUCCAUAGCUGUAGUAAGAGUGGCAGAUUUUACCAUAUUUUGAAAAUAAAAAUGGUGCCAUACACCCAAUUAUGCCUUUAGUAUAUUAUGUCUAAUCCAGUUAAAAUACAACCAAAAAGAAAAGAGAGCUAAGAUUACAUACUUGUUAUAUAGUACUAGUUAGGCAGGCCAUAAAUAUACCAUAUUGCACUUGUGGGAUUGUGCCAAAAUAUCCCCACAAAUUCUUUGAUUUUGUUGGCAGUAGCCUUGCCAUUAGAGCUUUGUACUCAAUUAUGUGUAAUUAAAACGUACCUUAAUUGUUCAACAAUAUAUUUGAUCGUACAUCUGAUUUCUCUUACCAUACAUCUAAUUUUUUGCUUUCUACGAAAUAUUCAGUACAUUGUUUUGAAAUAACAGAAGUGCUGAAACAGUACUGAAUGGUAUGUUUGUUUUAUUCCAAAUGUAAUAAUUUAAUAAUUAACCAACAAGAAAAAAUGGUAUUCCUAGUAGGUGGUGUCCUUAUGUGCCAAAAUGAAAAUGUUAAAAUAAAACAGGUGUCCACUAACUAAAAACCCUGCUUUAAAGGCCUGCUGGGUUCACACUUGAUCAAGUUAAAAAUAAUCAAAAUAGUGCAACUAAAACAUUAAUAUGAUCCUCCUCAAACUUUCUUAACGAUGGUGUUAUUCUGAAAUGUCCUUAAAUAAAGCAUUUAGAGGGAAAUUGAUUUUAUUCAUUCACAUAAAGACUUUCUAGAAAUAAUGUGCAAUAGGAAAUGUUUAUAUUUCCAUUGUUAACCCUACAAUUAUUCUAAUUGUUUAAAAGCUUGUAUUAAUUGAAACUAUAUAGAAGCUAAAGUUGUUUCAUGAAACACUUUUGUUCAAAAGGAAUUGAAAGCCAGGUGAAUCAUUAAUUCAUUAUUUAAAACAUAAUGUUUUGAUUAAAUGUGUUCUCUUGCAUGUAGGAUCUGACACUGAUAGUGUUAGAACACAUUCACCUAAGAUGGUUUAACAAUAGCAUUAUAUCAAUGGACUAAGCAUGAUAAUUUUAUGUUAUAUGAUUGGUUUCAAUCUUCAACAUAUUUCUUUUUCCAAUCAUGCAGUUGCACAGUACAGUAGACUUCCAUAUAAGAAUGGUUAUACUAGCUCAGACCAAUGGUCCAGCUAGCCCAGAAUCCUGUCUUCUGACAGCCCAGAUGCUUCAUAAGGAGUGAACAGAACAGGGCAAUUAUCGAAUGAUCCAUCCAAUUUCAUUCAGUCCCAGAUUCUAGCAGUCAGAGCUUUAGGGACACCCAGGACAUGCAAUCUCUGAAUAUCUUGGCUAAUAGCCAUUGAACUUCAUGAACUUAUCUAAUUCUUUCCCCUGGCAACAAAUUCCACAGAUGAACUGUAACUUAUGGGAAGUAGUACCUCCUUAUGUUUGUUUUUAAACCUGCUGCCCGUUAAUUUCAUUGGGUGACCCCUGGUUCCUGUGUUAUGUGAAGGGGUAAAUAACAUUUCCUUAUUUACUUUCUCCACACCAGUCAUGAUUUU